CCGAGCCUGACUACCGGCGCAUCGGUGGUGCUGAUGCUAUCCAAGCGUUCAAAUACAACGAUGGCUCCUUCAACAAUAACAACAACAGCAACAACCCUCGCGAGUACCCCACCGAGCUGUCCAGUUGGUAGAACACACUCUUGAAGUGGUGGAAGCAGCUGCUUCUGUUUCUGGGAGUGAAUAUGACGGGUAUCGUGCCGAUGUAUAUCUGUAGCAGAGGAACAGGGUUACGGCGUAGGCGAAGGGAGAUGUUGAAGAUCUGAUAAAUGGCGGAAGAGGAUGUGGUGGAAGAGAUCACUAGCUUUGGGAGAUCUCGGGGUAAACCGUGGAUGGAUAGAUGUUGGAUAAGGAAUAGAAAGGAGGUAAAGCACAAGUUAGGCAAAGACAAUCCAAUCAGGCGUCCUGCCCAAGUUCACAGUCUAGAUACACCCAGAAAUCCAGAUACCAGAACGAGAAGUAGAAACUUAAGAAAACAAAGAAAGCAAGAGCUAAGCAAAACAUGUGUACUCAAAGAGAUUCGAAGGAGGUGGACCGUAACAUUCAGGGUAGUAUUGGCGGUGCCAUGCAUCAGUCUUGGCUUGAAGUAUUCGCUUUUCCUCAGCCGUCCGCUUCUCCCGCUUGGCUCUAAACUUUUCCCACUCCUUUUGGAGUGCCGGAUUUUCUCUCCUGAUAUCGUGGAUGAUCCUCAACUCGCACUUUUCGUCAGGGAUAAGAUUCAAAAGAGCUGCGUUGACUUUUUCUUUUUCCUGAAUCUUUGUUGAAACUUGAUGUUCUCCUUCAUGAGCUUAUCCAUGUCUUUCUUCAGCUUCCGCUUCUCUGCCCC